UUAUCCAUUCUGAAGUCCCUGCACGACAUCAUCAACAGAACAGCAGAGUUUAGUAGGAAAAUGCCUCCGAAAAAGCAAGAACUGAAACCUUUACCGGUUACUGUGCUCUCUGGUUUUCUGGGAAGCGGGAAAACAACUCUUCUCCGGCACAUCCUUCAAUCACCGCAUCAUGGCCUUCGAAUUGCAGUCAUCGUGAACGACAUGGCGUCUAUCAACAUAGACGCGAAUCUGGUAUCCCGUAGCUCAAAACCUUCCAGCAGGAAGGGGGACACAGCAGCAGAGAUCCUCGUCAAAGAGAAGGUGGUACAGAUGCAGAACGGAUGUAUCUGUUGCACGCUACGAGGGGACCUUCUCGUAGAACUCGCCAGACUAGCAUGGAGCGACCAGAAGUUCGACCAUGUUGUCAUUGAGAGCUCUGGAAUCAGUGAACCCCAGCAGGUCGCUGAGACUUUCACAGCUGAGCUGACAGAAGCUAUGGUGGAUGCAGAGGGGAUGGAGACGGAUGAGAAAGAAACAUUUGCCAAAGUUGCAAAAUUGGGUGGUUUGAAAUCCCUCGCCACUGUUGACACUAUGGUCACCGUCGUAGACGCUUUCCGCUUCUUCUCGGAAUUCGACACUGCAGAGUUCCUGCAAGAUCGCUUCGGCAAAGACGAAGUGCCCGACGAAGACCAACGUACGAUUUCCGACCUCUUCGCCGAUCAGAUCGAGUUUGCGAAUAUCAUCGUGAUCAAUAAGCUCGAUCUUGUCGACAGGCAGACGAUUGGACGUGUCCGCGCUUAUGUGAAGGCUUUGAACCCCGUCGCGAAGAUCGUGGAAGCGAGUUAUUCCAAAGUGGACGUGAAGGAGAUGUUGAAUACGGGGAAAUUUGACUUUGCUGAAGCGGUUGCGAGUCCUGGGUGGUUGAGGAGUUUGCAUGAGAUGACCGUCAUGGAUGUGCAAGGGAAGAAGCGGGUAGCGCCCAAACCUGAGACGCUCGAGUACGGCAUUGGUAGUUUUGUAUACCGCGCCAGGCGGCCUUUCGAUCCAUCGAAGCUCUACCAUGCGCUAGAAGGGAAAUUUAUUCUUCUCCAGGACGAGGUUGAAUCCGACGAUGAAGAUGACGACGACGACGACGACGACGACGACGAAACCAUGAGCGAAGCCCCUUCAGACUCUGAUCGCAAAAGCCACACAGCCGACGACUCUGAUCAAAUCACCGAAUCUUCAUCCUCCUCAAUCUCAACCCCACCCUCCUCUUCUGAGAUCCUCGCCAACAAAAAGGCAGACCGUCACUUCAGUGGUUUACACCGCAGCAAAGGCGUCUUCUGGCUAGCCACACGCCCAUUCCAAAUGGGCUCCUGGAGCACCGCAGGUGCAAUGCUUACACUCGGUUCUGAAAUGCCUUGGUUCUGCCAGAUCCCUGAUGAGGAUUGGCAGGCAGAUGAACAGACCAUGGCGAAUAUAAAGGCAGACUUUGAGGGGAAGUGGGGAGAUCGAAGACAGGAACUCGUGUUUAUCGGAGAGGGAUUGGAUGUUAAGGGAAUGACGAAGAUGCUCGAUGAAUGUUUGCUGAGUCGGAGGGAUAUGAGGAAGUGGGAACGCGUGAUGAGUAAUGAUAAACUGAGUGAUGAGGAGAAAGAGGACAAGUUAUUAGAUAUCUGGGAAGAUGAUUUUUGGGCUGAGUGGCCAAGGCUGGAGGAUGCGGAUGAUCAUGAUCAUGAUCAUAGUCAUGGAAAUAGCCAUCAUCGUAGCUAG